AUGGGGAGCGUGCUACUCACGGCUGUGUUCAUAGCGUUACAAUUUGCUACCGGCCUGGCCAACCCUGACUCAAAGCGUUUAUAUGACGACCUGCUGAGCAACUACAACCGACUGAUACGGCCCGUGGGCAACAACUCCGAUCGUCUGACAGUCAAAAUGGGUCUACGACUCUCCCAGUUGAUUGAUGUGAAUCUUAAAAAUCAAAUUAUGACAACAAACGUGUGGGUAGAACAGGAAUGGAACGAUUACAAGCUCAAAUGGAAUCCAGAUGAUUACGGCGGCGUGGACACCCUUCACGUCCCAUCCGAACACAUUUGGCUGCCAGAUAUAGUGUUGUAUAAUAAUGCGGACGGUAACUAUGAGGUGACAAUAAUGACAAAAGCAAUUUUACAUCAUACGGGUAAAGUAGUAUGGAAACCACCUGCCAUUUAUAAAUCAUUUUGUGAAAUCGAUGUUGAGUAUUUUCCAUUUGACGAGCAAACAUGCUUUAUGAAAUUCGGAUCCUGGACAUACGAUGGUUACAUGGUCGACCUUCGGCAUCUCCAGCAGACACCGGACUCGGACAACAUCGACAUCGGCAUCGAUCUGCAAGAUUACUAUAUAUCAGUUGAAUGGGACAUUAUGAAGGUGCCUGCCGUUAGGAAUGAAAAAUUUUAUAGUUGUUGUGAAGAACCAUAUCCGGAUAUUAUAUUUAACAUAACGUUAAGGCGAAAGACACUUUUCUACACCGUAAACUUAAUCAUACCUUGCGUUGGGAUAUCGUUCCUUUCCGUGCUGGUGUUUUAUUUGCCGAGUGACUCCGGCGAGAAGAUAUCAUUAUGUAUAAGUAUACUGCUCUCGCUCACCGUGUUUUUUCUGCUGCUUGCUGAAAUCAUUCCUCCGACGUCGCUUACGGUGCCGCUGCUCGGCAAGUAUCUGCUGUUCACGAUGAUGCUCGUCACGCUGUCGGUCGUCGUCACGAUCGCCGUACUGAACGUUAAUUUUAGGUCACCCGUUACGCACAAGAUGGCACCGUGGGUGCAUCGAGUUUUUAUAGAACUACUGCCUAAGGUUUUAUGCAUAGAGCGGCCCAAGAAGGACGACGAUCCAUCCGAGAACGAAGAUCAAACGCCAACCGACGUGCUGACGGACGUGUUCCAGGUGCCGCCGGAUGUGGAGAAGUAUGUCGGCUUCUGCGGGAAGGAGUACGCCACGGACUUUGACAUCCCCGGUAGGUUCCCUUGGCCACUUGCAUGCACACUGCCACCAUCCCGGUUCGAUGUGGCCGCGUCGGGCGGCGUCGGACCAUGCUUCGGCGAGCCGCCGCUGCCAGCACUGCCACUGCCGGGCGGGGACGACGAUCUGUUCAGCCCGACCGGCAACGGGGACAUGAGCCCGACCUGCUGCGGCGAUCUCAGCCCGACCUUCGAGAAGCCGCUGCUGCGCGAAAUGGAGAAAACCAUCGAGGCCUCGCGAUUCGUCGCGCAGCACGUUAGGAAUAAGGAUAAGUUCGAAAGUAUAGAAGAAGACUGGAAAUACGUGGCGCUCGUGCUCGACCGCCUGUUUCUCUGGAUAUUCACGAUAGCGUGCGUGAUGGGCACGGCGCUCAUCAUCCUGCAGGCCCCGAGCCUCUACGACACCACGCAACCGAUCGACGCGAUGUACUCGAAGAUCGCCAAGAAGAAGAUGGAGCUGCUCAAAAUGGGCAGCGAGAAUGUAUAG